CUAGAGUCAUUCGAGACAUUUCUGUACAUGAAUUACGUGUAUAAUCAUGGCACCGGGGGGAAUUAACAAAAAAGAAAGAGGAGCACGGAGUAUGCACGGCACCGCAAAGUCUAGGCUACUAUCCCCGUCCGUCCGUUAUACCCAUUUCAACUCCGGAGAGCCACGAUGUGACCCAUCGGAGAUAAAAAAGCAAUGAAAAAUUAAAAAAUUAUUAACCAACGAAGCUCCAGAAAUCUCCAUGGAAGCAAGCAGUUAGGAGGACGGAGAGAAGAGGGGCCCGCGGCGGCGGACGGCUUUGUCAAGUGAUUCAUAUGCGCUGACAAACUAUUUACCAGCGUUCGGUCACGGAGUAAGGAAAUAUUUCGAUAUGGAGCCCCUCUUCCCCCCGAAUCGGAAAUAUUUCCACGAUGCAGACUGGCUUGCUGCGUGUUCCUGUGGGGUCUGGUGUUUCUUCUCUUUUCUUCUUGGUGAAUUGGAGAUUUAUUGGGGUGUUUUUACUGGAGAUGAAGGUUCCUGGUUGACAGCUUUGGCAGGUAACGUGGUUUGGUCAAAACAGGAAGAUGCUAAUAUUGGGUUUUUGGGUCCGGCCCCUUGCCAUGAUUGAUGACAUGAACUUUUUUGGUUUCCCGGCAGUUGGGACAGCUCUAAGUUGCCGGGCGUAGAUAACAGUAAGACAACAGCGUAGGCUGGGCUAGCUAUCUCGAAACAA